CUCGCAACAUCCUCUUUUAAAUUGCGAGUUAUCGUAAUUGUUUGAUUGCCAGAUUGCUGGUCUGUGCCAUUCGAGCUCAGGGCGCCUUGUGGACUAGGACAUGAUAUCGGGAAACAAUAUUUUUUACAUGGAAAAAACAUUAGUGGUACAGGGAUUAUUAGGAGCUGUUAAUAACCCUAUCGAAAGACGCGCGGGUUUCCUUCUUAGUAAAUAAUUUUUAUCACCAACAGAGUUUCAUACGAAACAAAAAUGGGGCACCUCCAUGGAGAUAUAAAUGAGAUGGUGCAUCAAAUGCAAAGAUUCUCGUGGGUGGAUUACGUAGUGUUUGUGUUCAUGCUGGCAAUAAGUGCUCUAGUUGGUAUUUAUUGGGGUUUCAUGAAGAAGCAGACGACGCAGAGCGAUUACCUGCUGGGCGGAAGGAAUAUGAAGGUUGUUCCCGUUGCUAUGUCCUUGGUGGCUAGUUUUGUAUCAGGAAUAACGCUCCUGGGCUCCCCGACCGAGGUGUAUAUGUACGGAACGCAGUACGCUUUCAUCAUGGGCGGGAUCUUCCUGAUGUCCUUCGUGAUGACUCAAGUCUAUCUUCCCGUGUUCCACGAACUCAAAAUCACUUCCAACUAUGAGUACUUAUCAAUGAGAUUUGACAACAGGGUACGACUAUUUGGAUCGUUUUUAUUCGCGUUUACUUUGAUAGGCUGGUUGCCGAUUGUUAUUUACGUGCCUGCACUAGCGUUCAACCAAGUUACUGGAGUUGAUAUACAUAUUAUCACACCAAUCGUGUGCUUGGUCUGCAUAUUUUACACAAGUGCGGGUGGUCUUCAAGCGGUGGUGUGGACGGAUGUGAUUCAGAUCACCGCUAUGGUAGGGGCAAUGGCGUUGGUGGCUAUCAAGGGUACUCUCGACGUGGGGGGCAUCGGGGUCGUGUGGCAGCGCAACAUGGACUCAGGGAGGAUAGAAUUACCGAACUGGGACCCCAGCCCCACAGCGCGGCAUACAAUUUGGAACCUCGUGAUCGGUGGGCUGAUCUAUUGGUUGCAGGCUAACUCGGUCAACCAAACCAUGGUCCAGCGGUAUUUGGCGCUGCCGACCUUACGAGGAGCUAAAUGUGCUGUAAUAUUGUUCUGCAUCGGCAUAUCCACUCUUUACUGCUUUUGUCUGUACUGCGGAUUACUCAUCUACGCUAGAUUCCAUGACUGUGAUCCAUUGACGACCAAGUUGGCGAAGCAGAAGGAUCAACUAUUGCCAUUGCUUGUUAUGGAUGUCCUCGGUGAUAUCCCCGGAUUACCCGGCGUAUUUGUGGCUGGCAUAUUCAGCGCUGCUCUAAGUUCCUUAUCUACAAGUCUGAACUCAAUGUCGGCGGUAGUGCUAGAAGACUUCUACAAGCCUUUUUUCAAGAAGCAACUGACGGAAAGUCAGACUAACUGGCUGUUGAGGGGAGUCGUUGUGCUGUUGGGCAUAGUAAGCGUAGCCUUAGUAUUUGUCGUGGAGAAGAUGGGAACGAUUCUGCAACUGACAAUGACUUUAGAAGCGAUGACCAUGGGCCCGCUGCUGGGUGUAUUCACAAUGGGCAUUCUGAUGCCGUGGGUCGAUGCCUCUGGUGCGCUGAUAGGAGGUGCAAGCGGUUUGCUGACGAUGGCGGCAUGGUGUUUGACGGCGCAGUUCGCCAUCGCCCGAGGAGCUAUCACCCACGGGCACAAGCCGCUCACCACGGCGGGAUGCUCGUAUAACUACACUGUUGCGGCUGUUGCUGACGUUCCCGUUAUUGUUGACGAAGUAAACCCCAUCCUGCGAGUAUCCUACAUGUGGUACACCCUGGCCGGCAUGUUGGUCACCAUAGCAGUAGGCGCAUCGGUAUCGCGCGUGAACCGCGCGUGUGGUGCGGCGUACGUACCCCCGGCGCCGAAGCUGCUGGCGCCACAGUUGCGGAGGCUUUAUAAGGACCCGCCGCAUCCGAGCGAAGAACCGUAUAUAAAGGCUUACGGGAACAAUAAGGAAGCCAAUCAAGUGAAUUCGUCCUGUAUAAAUAUGAAGCCCAUCUCUGAAUGCGAAGAAGUGAGCUGAGUUUGUAAUGAAGCUUUGUAUUAUUUAUAAGCAAUUAAUUUGUAAUAAAU